CCUGACCUGUAUCUUGCCCGCCAUGACCGUGACCGUCGUCAACUCGGUGGACCAGUUCCACACCAUCAUCAGCAGCAACAGGGUCUCCGUGUUUGACUUCUGGGCGCAGUGGUGUGGCCCGUGCAAGGUUAUCUCGCCCAUCUUCGAGAAGCUCUCUGAGUCCGAGGAGUACACCGCCGUCGACUUCUACAAGGUCGAUGUCGACGCCCAGGAGCAGAUCGCCCAGGAGGUCGGCAUCCGCGCGAUGCCUACCUUCAUAGCAUUCAAGAACGGCCAGAAGCUGAAGGACCUCGUAGGCGCCAACCCGGGUGCUCUCCAGGAGCUCAUCAAGGCAGUCAAGUCGGCAUGAACCGCUGCCCUGAUAUCGGCUCUCCAUCCCUCCCGCGUCGAUUAUUGUUAUAAAUAGUCUUGAGAAUUGUCUCGCGCAGCGUAUUAUACCGCCUUAUGAAAUUGUCUCUCUAUGUACCAUGGGCAUACUGCACGUAGAUC